UAAAAUUACACUAAUGUCAAUGUAUACCCCUAUUCUUCCAAGCGUUGCUUUAACUGUGGCUACUCAUUCUGUGGCUGAGAAUGCAGAUGACCUUCUAGAGAAGGAAGAGCAGCAAUGGUUGCAGCAAAAAUAAGGCAUUGAUUCAGUUUCCUACAUCCAAGUUUUAUGAAAAGAGAGAUGAUGAUGAUGAAGAAGAUGAUGAAGAUAUGGAGAUGGCUGAUGAUGACUCUAGGAGUUUCGACCAAGGUGCAAGUUACUAUACUGCAGGAUCAGCAUACCAGUAACCUUGCAUGUCGUUAUCAAGACAGUUGAGUUCAACUAAUAUAGUUUUCAAUA